AUGACCAAGGUUGGAUCAAACAUUGAAAAGUUCAAUCUUUACGUUUCUGAGCAAUUUGAGAACCUUGCCCACUAUGGGGAGGAGUCCAAGGAUGUACUGAUCCACCUGUUUGAAGGGUACAAGGCAGCAUCUAAUAAGUCAUUUGUGUCAUACAUUGGGAGAAAAGAAGAAAAACAUGAGGACAACUCCAAGCCCAUCAAUGAAGCCAGACUCAUGCAGGACGCCAAAAACUAUUACAAGAAUUGUGUUCAUGAUCAAACCUGGAAUUGCCCCGAUGAAAAUCAACAAGCUAUCCUCUUGCUGAAGGCCGAGUUCAAGCAAAUCGAAAACUCCAAGAGGUCUGAAAGCGGAAAGAAGAAAGACAAUGACAAGAAGUCCGGAGGUGGUAAGCAUGAAGGCACAGGCAAGAACAACAGUAAGCAAAAAUCUUCAAAUGUAUCUGCAUGGAAGACCACUGCGCCAAAAGCAGAAGACAAACUUAAAGCAAAGUAUGUCAACGGUGACUCCAAGCCCUGA